AGAAGUUUUAUUCCCUAUUGAUUUCAUUGCGUCCAAAGGGCAAUACGAGACAUUAGCAGGUUAGAAAAGCAAAGUUUGCGUUUUGGGAAACACAUGACAGCUUACAGCGUAAUGUAGAAACUGAAGGUGUUUCAAUAGCAGUCCGAAUUUGGGGACCCUUGGCUGAGGAGCAACAGGUCAGCUGAAGUGUGUUUGUUUGGCAGAGAUCAGAGGAAUCGCUGGGAAAUGGCCAACCCACUCCGAGCAGAGGUAGUUCAGCUCUACAAGACCUUGCUGUUUCUUGGACGGGAGUAUCCGAAAGGAGCCAACUAUUUCAGAGACAGACUGAGGGCUGCGUUUGCCAAGAAUAAAGAUGUGAGCGACCCUGAGAAGAUCAAAGAGCUCAUCAGCCGAGGAGAAUUCGUGGUGAAAGAGCUCGAGGCGCUCUACUACCUCCGGAAAUACAGAGCCUUGAAGAAGCGAUAUUACCAAACAGAGUGAAUAAUAAUCACGUGUUACGCGCUGCCUGAUAUUACAUAAACAACAGCAAUGGAAGGACUGUAACAUUAUACUAAUUACACAUUUUAUCGCUAUUAUAAUAAAAAAAGGGCAACAAAAACAUAUAUACAUAUAAGUGAAUUUAUUUGAAAAUCCAAAAUUCAAGUUUAGCUAUUGCUCACAGGUUUGUUGCCACUGGAGUGAUACAGUUGUGUCUGAUAUGUUUUAGAAGGAUCUCUCUAAAUAAAACAUCGCUUUAUGCUGGUACAAACAUCGAACAGCAUUUUGCAUUUAAAAAACAUUUAAUAACAUAUAAAGUACGAUUAAAAGUCAAAUGGGUAAUAUGACCGGCUGUGAGGUAGAUAUUGAGUCCUGAAGGUGUGCGCUCAAGACAAAACGCCACACUCUGAUAUAUCUGCUCUGCAGAUGGGACAUGUGGCGUUCUCCUGUAACCAACAGAAAAUGAUUAGCAAUAAGCAACACGAAAUUAAUCAUGGGAUUGCGCUGUUAAAACAAGCUAGACCUUGAGCCAGCGGUCUAUGCAUUUGACGUGGUAAUCGUGGAGACAUGGAAGGAUCCUGAGUCGUUCACCCGCUUUGUACUCGCUGAAACAGAUCUGGCAACUGUAAAGAGAAUAUGAUUAAACUAUUGCAUUAUGGGAAA